GUUUUACAAGUUUUUUCUUAUUAUAAUACUUGAUCUAUUAUAGACACUUACUUGAAGGCUUGUCAGGCAUGCAAAAAGUAUAUUAAAGAUUCAAACUAUGAAUCCGAAGUGGAAUUAGGGCGGGGAUUACGGAAAAAGAAAAGAGUAGCAAGACUAGACUCAGAAUCAGACUCGGAAUCUGAUGACGAAAAUAAGAAGAAAAGGAUGAAACAUAAGCUUGAAGAAAAAAUACCUUCACCUCCUCAGGUGCUAUUAUCUGGUUGCUCACCAUGUAAAGAUUUACACAAUUAUCCAAAAUAUUUAAUAUCUAAGCAGCUCCCUAAGAAAACACAAGCAAACUUUGUUUUGCAAGAAAAUCAUGAAAAGAACUCAUCCUAUGCUUGUAAAUCUACCUAUGAACAAAAUGAAGUCUCUAUUGAAACAGGUUUAUCUGAUAAAAAUUCUGAACUUCUUCGGAAAUUGGAACAAGUAAAAAGUUUAAAAAACCAGACAUCUUCCAAGAAGAAUACAAUCCUGUAUAAGAAAAUUCGUUCUUUGCACAAUAAAGAUGAAGAAAGUCAGAGAGAAUAUUUUGAAGUAAAUAUCAAUGAGCAGAACGAGUCUACUUUACAUGAUAUGGUACCUCAUUCAAGUUCAUACCACGAUUUGCAAGAAGAGGAAAAAAGAAUAGUUCAUAAGGUAACACCACAGAGCAAGGGAGGAUUUCCAAAAAAGAGUUCUUCGACAAUGACGAAUGAAUUAAGUUCUACUAAUACAAGCUGCCUUAUCACACCUGACAAACAAAUUACCAUGGGAUAUUCGUCAAGUUCUAGAGAUACUAUGCAAUGUCCUAACUCGCCUGAUACUAUGUUCAGCAAAUCCUCUGCAUCUCUACAAACAUUCAAUUCCGAAAGGAAAAGCAAUUGUUCUCUCACUCUUAACUCUAGUGAUACGGAAUUUUCUUCAUUAACGGCAAAUUCUAUUGAAAAUAGCUCAGGACAAUCUCUCUACAGAGAGUUGAUCUCAAUAAGAACAGCCAUUACAGAGUGCAAGAAAGAGAUCAGAAGAGUGAGCAGUAAACUUGAUAUAUCUAUUAUGAACCAGGAGAAUCUAUGUCAUUUCAUAAAUCCAGAAGGAAAAGUUAUAAAGCGUCCUAGUGAAAUGCCUCCAUUGCCUAUUAACACCUUUGAAGAAUUGGAUAGGAUGGAGAAAUUCCUAGCCAAUGAUAGUAAUCUGACUGGAGCAUGUUCCUAUCUUGGUAAGAAUAUAGAUAAAAAAAGUAUUGAAAAUUCAGUCAGAAGAAUAUUGACAAAACUUGUGACCAAUACUUUAGCAUCAAAAUUCAGUCUACAAGGUCAUGGGAACAAGAAGCGCUUUGAUGCUCUGAAACUGUGGGAUCUUGUUCAAGGUAAAAUUACAUUAUUAAAUUAUAAUCAAUUCUGUAUCUUAAUUGUAUGUAACUCACAUUUUAUCAUAAUUACGCUUCAUUAGUGAGUUAUGUUCAACGCCAUACAUACCUCCUCACUUCAAUAUUUUGAACCACUAGACAUUUUUGGUCGGGUGCAUUAUGACUAAAUAUUUUUGCAUUAUGACUAGAUGGUUAAGUGAGGAAAUGUCAAUGAUGCAUUAGAUGAGCAUCUUACAGCUUCUUUAUCUUAUAUUUAUUUCAUCUUUAUAAAAACUAUAUGGUGAUUGUAAGCAUUGUGGUCAGAAGACAUACAUAGCGUUGCUUAUAUUCAGGAUAUUUGUUAGAAAUUGUUUCAUUGUACUUUUGAGAAGAGAGAGAGAGAGAAAGAGAGAGAGAGAGAGAGAGAGAGAGAGAGAGAGAGAGAGAGAGAGUUUCAGAGAAUGAAUAUUAUUGUAAUAUUUGUGACCGUUCGAAUUUGUUAAGUCUGUGCAGCGGAUAGCCGCGGGAAUUCUAGGGUCCGGCGGUGGGUGUCUCGAAAAGAGAGAGAGUCGGUUUUAAAUCUUAACUACCGAAUUAUAUUU